CCUGUAAGGACGGAAGUGGGAGAUGUGAAAUCAGCGCGGGAAAGUGUGUGUUUUGGUGGGAGAGCGGAGAAGGAGCGCUUUAUUCAUUUAUCUGAGCAGAUUUUAGAGCAGGAUGAAGGUGGUAACCUGUGAGAUCGCCUGGCACAACAAGGAGCCAGUAUACAGUUUAGAUUUCCAGCAGAAUGCAGAGGGCAGUAUUGACCGUUUGGCCACUGCAGGAGUGGACACUACAGUGCGGCUGUGGCGUGUGGAUCGUGGGCCAGAUGGAAAGGCUGUUGUAGAUUUUCUGUCUAAUUUGACCAGACACACAAAAGCAGUGAACGUGGUUCGCUUCUCUCCUUCCUCAGAGCUCCUGGCCUCGGGGGGAGAUGAUGCUGCUAUACUGCUGUGGAAACUGAAUGAUAGUAAAGAACCUGAACAGACCCCAACCUUCAUCCAGGAGGAUGAAGAUGCUCAGCUUAACAAAGAAAGCUGGAACGUUGUGAAAACUCUCAGGGGACACAUUGAGGAUGUAUAUGACAUCUCAUGGACCAGCGAUGGCAAUUUCCUUGUUUCUGGUUCUGUGGACAACACUGCCAUCAUGUGGGAUGUCCAGAAAGGUCAGAAGAUGUGCAUCUUUAAUGACCAUAAGAGCUACGUGCAGGGUGUGGCCUGGGACCCGCUAGGCCAGUACAUCAGUACACUAAGCUGUGACAGGGUGAUGCGUGUGUAUAGCACACACACCAGGAAAAAAGCCUACAUUGUGAGUAAGAUGACUUCAGGCUCUGCUGCAGAGGGAGAGGUCAAGAACUACAGGAUGUUUCAUGAUGACAGUAUGAGAUCCUUCUUCAGGCGUCUCACUUUUACCCCAGAUGGAUCCUUCCUUCUUGCUCCUGCUGGGUGUGUGGAGGCCGGAGAAAACGUCACGAACACCACUUACGUAUUUUCCAGAAAGAGCUUUAAAAGACCUGUAGCACAUUUGCCCUGCCCUGCUAAAGCCACUCUGGCUGUACGAUGCUGUCCUGUCUACUUCGAGCUCAGAACCAAGAAAGCAGAGGAUGGAUCAGUGCAGCCGCUGCCGAAUGCGUUCCAGCUGCCCUAUCGACUGGUAUUUGCUGUGGCGUCUGAAGACUCUAUCUUCUUCUAUGACACCCAACAAACCCUGCCAUUUGGUUAUGUGUCUAAUAUUCACUACCACACCCUGAGCGACCUCAGCUGGUCUCAUGAUGGUUCUUUCCUGGCUGUGUCGUCCACGGACGGGUACUGCUCUUUUGUGUCGUUUGAUGAGCUGGAGCUCGGCACCCCUCUAAAGGAGCGACCCCCUCUAAAUAUCAUCACACCCGUCAGUGCCAGCGAGAAGAAGGGCAAGAGAGCCCAAGCCAUCGGUCGCACCUCCUCCCCCGUGCCUCGCCCCACCCCUGCACCAGUCCCCCAGGAGAAGGAGAAAGAAGCUUCUCCAGCUUCUGUUCCAGAAGAGAAGCAAACGCCACAGGGUCUCAAAGCCAAACCUCAGCCCAGGCGCAUCACCCUCAACACCCUGGAGGGCUGGGGUAAACCCAGCACCCCAAAAUCUCCUGCCACGCCCACAGCCACGCCCACAGCAGCUCCUACCAGCAGCCCCAGCAUGCCCAAGUCUGCACCCUCCACCCCUUUGUCCAGUAAAGCACCACUCACUCUUAAAACAACCCCCAUCACUCCCAUUGGAUCCAGCAAUUGUAAGAACACCACAGUGGCAAAGGGACCCACACCCAGGCGAAUUUCUCUGACUCCUAUUCUCCCCAAAUCAUCACAGACCUUCAUCACGCCACCCUCCACUGAAAAAGCCAAACAUGAGAGACCGUCUCCUCCCAAUGACCCGGUGUGUAAACCCCCGGAGUCCAAGCGACCCAAGACUGAUGAGUCUCCAGCCCAGACAGAGAACACCAGCACCUCCACCCAGAGCAGCGAGACGCCCGCGGGAGCAGAGUCCAGCAGCAAGCCAGCAGCUAAUCCUUAAACACCUUCAGGAUCAUGACAGCGGUUCCUCAUGAUACAUCACAGUGUACCCAAGGACUUCUUUUAUAGAAUAAAAGCCUCAUAAAAGACUCAUGAAGAUGCAUGAAGCUGAACAUAUAUAUACUCCAGAUUCAUCAUUAAACUCUUAUACUGUAUAAUAAUAAUACAAUAGUGUUUGCAUGACCACAAUCUUGUUUCUUUCCAAGCUUUUUUAUUCCUUUAUUGUAAUUAAUGGGGGAAAAUACUGCAUUACUGUUUAAGUUUUGUAGUAAAACCAACUUUGGCACUGUUCCUCAUUUGUUGUAUAACUUACUGCAAUGUUAAAAAGUUAGGGUGUCUGGAAUAAUAUCUGUUUAGAUUAAAAAUCGAUCAAAAGUCGAUCAACUUUA